UAAUAAACAUAGUUGCAUAAAUUAUUUUACUAUAAUAUUAUUACCAAUAGGUAACAUAGUAUAUGCUCAGAUCCAUGACAACUGUAUUAAAAUACGUAAUUAUCUUGAUAUAGUUAAUAUGUGAUAUAAAAAGAACAUCGAAAAUAAUAUCUUCGAUAUUAAUAUGGACUUUUUUAGUUAUUAUGAAACUGAAACUUCUCUAGAAUUUUUCUUCGAUCUUAAAAUAUAUAGGAUGCAUUAAAUAAUAUUUUGUGUUAAAUCAUAUUUUCGCAUUAUUAAAUUGUCAUUCAUAUAGAAAGAAAUCUCAAUAAAUAAAAUGUAAAAUAUAUAUGAUAUGUUACACGUUAUUAUUACCUGAAUAUUAUUAGUGUAAUACUCUUUAUAUCAUUAGUUUACAUUUUAAACAAUCAAACAAAUAAAAAGGAAAAGAAGCAAAAUAAUAUAAUUCCGAGAAAAGAUUUUUAACGCGAAAUUUAUUAGAAAGAUGGCGGUAAUGGAAUACGCAUUGUGGCGACCUCGUUGCGACUGUUACGCCUUCUCUGGCAAAACACAUAAAGACAAUAAACAUGCUACGAAGCCACUAAAGAAGCCAGCAACAAAAGAAGACUGAAAAAAUCAUCCAUCCUUAGAUCAUAUCCAAAGCUGCCAAAGUUAAUUAGUGGUUAAACUACUGUGUACCUGAUAAAGUUAAAUAAAUAUAUUAUAAUCAUUGCUUGAUUCAUAAAGUUUCUAUUUUCAAAGUUUCUAUUCACAAAUUUUUACUUACAUGAAUAACCCAUAGCAUGCAAAUUGCAAACAUUAUUGUUCCUUCAUGUUUUUAACUUAUAAGGAAAGAUCAUGCAUUUAAUACAAUUGAAUUUAAUUAAAAAAAUAAUUUUUAUACAAAUUAUUUGAAUAUUACCUAAAACUUUGCCUAAAUUUGUGAAUAUUACAUAAAUAUAAUUGUAAUCUCUAAAUAGAGUAGUUAAUGUAAAUAACAUUUUCAAUUUUAUCCUACACGUCCUGAUAUUAUAUGAUUGUGUUUUAUUUGAUUUUUAUAUAUAUGAUAUAAGCGUUGCCGUAAAAUUUGAAAAUUACUAUUAAAAGAGCAAUUUUAGGCAAUAUUUUAGAGAAGAAAAAAUUGGUUCUAUAGUAGGCUAUAGAUAGAUAAAUUUCCCCUUUAACUGAUCAUCUACAUUCUUUGACAGAAAUUCGCUCGACUGAGUUAAUAUUUAGUGUGUCGAAAAUACGUAUUCAACCGGCACUUUCAGAAUAUAGCACUUUAAUUAUGCUUUAUCAUUGAAUAAAUGCAUGUUUAGAUCUUUUUCUAAAAUGUCAUUAGUAAUGAUGAUUGAUGGAAGUAUAGGGUUGAGUUUGUAUUUUAUUUAAUGUUUUGUAAAACAUUGUGUAUUAAAAGAAGCAUAUAUCAUCAAUAUAUUAUACAGGGUGGACAAAUUUUAAGACUAGCUGUAUCAUUGAGUGCACUUUAUGGAAUACCUAUUGAGAUUAAUAAUAUAAGAGCAGGCCGAUCUACACCUGGAUUAGGAAAGCAACAUUUUAUGGAAUAGAAUUAGUGAAAGAUAUGUGUAGUGCAGAAGUUUCUGGAGCAUAUUUAGAAUCAAGAGAUUUAAAGUUUUAUCCAAAAUCGUUACAAAGACAUGCAACUGAAUUUGAAACUGAUCUGUUGUCAAAUGACUCUAUACGUUUUUGGCACAAAUUGCAUUACCAUGUGUUCUAUUUCUACCACAAAAAUCUGAUAUUCUAUUAAUUCUUAAAGGAGGCACAAAUGUUACUAUGGCACCACAUAUAGAAUAUCUUACAGAAGUAAUUAGGCCCAUAUUGAAUAAAUUUGGAGCAGAUUUUGAUUUUGUUAUUUUAAGAAGGGUUUAUUAUCCAGAAGGAACAGGUACAGUGCAUUUAUGUAUAACACCAAUAAGAAACUUGAAUUCAGUUAACAUAACUGAUCUUGGUAUACUUUGUGAAAUAUCAGGCUGGGCUUAUGUAACUGGAGAUACAAGUAUACAUGUAUCAAUAUUGAAUCUUCCAAAGAACACAGACAAACAUAUGGAUCUGGUAUUAAGUGAGUUUUAAUAUCUAAAAAGAAAACUAGAUACUCAAAUAUUUUUAAUAUUUUCUUUCAUAGUAAAAAAAGAACAUCGGAUUUUAAUUAGAAAAUAUUGAUAAAUUAUAUUUAUUUCAUUUAAAACAACAGUAUAGUUUGCUCAACAACAACAGGCUGUAUGUUUGGUGGUACUGGUAUGACACUGAAAAUGAGACAGAUGGUAAAACCAGGUAUAUUUGCAGCUAAUGAAGCUUUAGAACCGUUCCUAAAUGGAGCAUGCGUAGAUUAUUAUGCUCAAGAUCAAGUAAGUUGCUUAUUAUAAUUUUAUGAUAAAUUUAUUAUUCUUAUUGUAACUAAUCUUUCUUUCUUUAGAUAAUAAUUUUUAUGGCAUUGGCGAAAGGAAUUUCAAGGGUUAAAAUAGAAAACAAGAUUACUUCUCAUACUAAGACUGCCAUGAAAAUUGCAGAAAAUAAUGUUAGGCAACCGUGGACUUCGUUUUCAUUUAUUAGAAAGUGGAAGAGUAGGAAAUUCACCUUCCUAUAUUUUAGAAUGUGAAGGAUGCGGAUUGAUCAAUAAUUUCACAGAAUAACAUUAAAAAUAUAUUACGAUAGUAAUUCGUGUUAAAUAUUUAAAAUAAAUGUAUAGUUUGUAAAUUCAUAAUAUUAAUCUUGUUUUUGUCUAAAAAAUGGUUCUAUAGCUCGUAAAACUUCUAAUUCGAAUAAUUCACUAGAAAAUCGACUAACAGAUGCUCUGAAAAAAAGACAUUAAAAUUAAAUAUAAAAUGUAAUAUAACAAUUUACGAAAAAAUGGUGUUCUAAAUAGAUUAACUAUAAUACCUUGCAGCUAGUCUAAUAGUCUUUUUAUCUUCAGGAUGCAUAUUUAUAAUAUGUGCUAUUAUUUUCGCAUAUUCUUCUGCUUCUUCUGCUAAAAAACCAGUUUGACUACCAGGCUGCGUUUCUAUUAUAUCUGCUCUGAAAUAUUACAUUUUUAGUUAAAAAAAAUUAUUUCGAAUAAAUGAAUUCUUUUUCUUUUUCAUAUCAUAAAUUUUAAAACAAAUAUAAUAAUUUCAAUACCUUGGUCCACCAGAAUCAUGAGCUAUCAUAAUUAAUCCAAUAGCCAUGCAUUCUACUAUACUGAUACCAAAAUGUUCGUUCCACAUAGCAUGCAAUCCUAUUGAUGCUUUUUGUAGUUCUGAUACAAGUUCAGAAUAAGGUAUAUUCAAUUUAAAUUCAACAUUUUCAUCCAAAGCAAAAUGUUUAGAUAAGUCUUGCAUGUCUUUUACACGUACUUCAUCUCCUUCAUCUCUACAAGAUCCAAUGAAUACCAAGCGUAUCUAAAAAGAUAAUCAAGAGUUUAUACUAAGAAAUCAUUGAUUUGAUUUUUAUAAAAAACAUUCUAAUUACCUUUUCCCAUACUUCCUCUUUAACUAUCGAUCUUAAUUCAUACAUUGUUCUCAACAUGAGAGGAUGAUUUUUUUCUGGCCUAAAUUGUGCAAUAGAUACUAUUCGAAUUUGACUGUCUUCUUUGGUAUCAUCAAAAAGUGGAAGAGAUGUUAAAUGCUGUACAUUUGUUGGUGGAUAGAUUCUGUGAGUCCGCAAAGGGCAUUUCCAAAUGGCAUUAAUAUGUUCUUCUGUCCAGGAAGAAUUCACCAUUACAAUCUCUGCUGUCCUACCAGCAAGUCCAUAUAACUGCAUGAAUAAUUAUCAUAUUAUCAUUUUAAUAAUGUAAUAUUAAAUGUUUAAUUAUAAAUGUAUAUUUAUAGAUUACUAAAAAUAAGAAUAUUUACCAAUGCAAAUAAUCUAUAAUAAGCAAUUUUCGCAGCUGAUAAAAAUGGAUUUCUUGCGAUUAUACGACGAUUAUUAUGUGAUAUUACACGUUUGUAAACAUGUCUCAACAUAUCCGUUGAAAUUGUAGGAUAAUGGGUGUACGAUGCAACUUUACAACCUCCUAUAUAUCUAAAUAAUGGAUAUGUAAAAGCAUAACCCAUUGUAUCAAUAUAAAUAUCUAAAAUAGAAAUAAAAUGGAUAUUACAAAGUUUAAAUAAAAAAUUUUUUAUUAUAUUGUAA